CCUUCGGCGUUGGAGGCGGAGCAAGAAGCUGCUGUGCAGCGCAUUCUCUCCGACGGAUCAUGGAAAAUCUCUAUUCCCGGCGCGACGGCCACGAACCGUGACGUGAGCAUGCUCCGCCCUCGACAAUGGAUGAACGACGAAACUAUCACCUUCUACAUGACGAUGAUCAACGAGCGGUCCAAGAAGGCAGCAGCGGAACGGACAGCAGCCAAGACGCCUGCGGACAGGAAGAAGUGGGGCGCUUUUUACAGAGUGCACUGCUUCAACUCCUACUUCUGGGCCAAGCUAGACACGGAAGGUUACCAAUCCGUUUCCCGCUGGACGCGUCGCAUCGAUGUCUUUGCCCAAGACUUGAUCCUCAUUCCUUGCAACCUAGGCAACUCCCACUGGACCUGCGCCGCCAUCAACUUCAGGCGUAAGCGCGUGGAGUACUACGACUCCAUGGGCGGGCGUAAUGGGCGAGUAGUGGCGGCGCUGAAGGACUAUCUGAGGAGAGAGCUGAAGGACAAGAAGAAGGAAGGGACAGUUGAUGUGGUGCCCGAGGAAUUUGGCGAGUACUACGGAGGGGAGAAGAGCCCACAGCAGCGCAAUGGGUAUGACUGUGGAGUCUUUGUGUGCUCGACGCUGGAGCAGCUGAGUCGCAGAGAUCCGCACUACCCCUUUGAUGAGGACCCAGAGGAAGAAGAUGAGGACGAGGAUAGCUGGGAAGACGAUGAAGGAGAUGACUUGGGCUUCAAUGGGCAUGGGAAUGGCGGCACGGCUCCGAGCUUCUCGUCGGGCUAUCAGUGGAACUUCAGCCAGGACGAUAUGCCGUACAUGCGAAGGAGGAUCAUCUACGAGAUCAGUCAGAAGGGGCUGCUCGAUUGA